GACGUUUUCAAACUGCUGCUUACAAUACGCACAAGAUGAGAUCAUUUAAAAAUAGCCGCGCGACCGAACGCUAACAACAGUGAGCGGCAUUGUCGGGAAUCGAAGGACGCAUUUCGGGUGACAUACGACUUCUGGAAAUAGUCGUCAGGCGUAUGAUAGCCCGAGACCCCCCCCCCCCCCCCCCCCCAAAAUGGGUUUUAUUGACGCCGCCGUGGGCGGAACCGAUCGUUCUGAGCGGUCGCCAUUGACGGUGGCGAGCGAUUGAGAAAGGCUGGUUAAAAACGGCAUGAGUUGAGUUAUUUAAAACCCCGACCGGAGAACAAGGUUCAUUUGUGCCGCCGCAACCCCUGGAGCAGGCAGAAAAGGACUUCAGGAGCGAGACGCCGAUUGGCCGCUCGGACAGAAAGGGGCGGUCCCGCUGAAUUAGCGAGAGACGCUAAAGGCAGACGUCCCGCAGUGAUCAAACCCGGGGUGAUCUGACAGCCGGUCGUUUGAAGUGAUUGUCGCGCUCCGCUACAUGAAGGCCUCCACCCCCCCACACUCCCCCGCCCACCGGCUUUGGGCCUAAUGAGUUCACUUAGGGCCCUUUAGAAGGACACCGAGUCAACACGGAGCCACGAGAGCAAGAGGAGAGCAGACUCGGAUGCCUAAACUUAUCUCGCUGCUCCGCGCCGACAAACCCGAUCUGAAGAUUUUUUGAGAAUGCCACACUUAUCUGACUGCGGCUACUACGCGAUGCGGGAUGCGACCAGAGCUUCCAACGUCCAGAGCCAACUGGAGAACACCAAGUUCCACCUCCAUCAGAGCCAGCAGGUCAAGCAGUACCUGACGCUGGGCUCCAAGUUGGCCUCGUCGACGGCCCACCCCCGCCCCCACCCCCACCCCCACGGCCCCGGCCAGCCUCUGCCCACCGUGCCCGUCAUGCGCAACGUCGACGACCCCAACAGCCCCGGCGCCCUGAUGGCCAUGGCCAACCACGACAGCGAGUUCCCGAUGGAUGAAGUGAUUGACGACCUGAUCAGUCUCGAAUCGGGCUUCAAAGAUGGAGGCCUGGAUUGCAUGGAGUCCAACAUCCUCAUGCAAAACAAUGUGUCCCUCAGUAGCAGCAUGCUGGACGUGUAUGGGGGUGAACAAGGUACGAACCCCCCUAAUGGUGGACUGAGUCCCACAUCUAACCCCACAAAGCUCACAGUAAAAAGGGAAUCCACAGAGCACGACACGCGGGUCAUGGCCAAGGAACGGCAGAAAAAAGACAACCACAAUCUAAUCGAAAGAAGACGAAGAUACAACAUCAACUACAGGAUCAAAGAGCUGGGGACGCUCAUACCAAAGUCAAACGACCCGGACAUGCGCUGGAACAAAGGCACCAUCCUGAAGGCCUCGGUGGAGUACAUCAGGUGGCUGCAGAAGGAGCAGCAGCACGCUCGCGAGCUGGAGAGUCGCCAGAAGAAACUGGAGCAGGCCAACAGGAGGCUGAUCCUCCGGAUUCAGGAACUUGAGAUCCAGGCCCGGGCGCACGGCCUCCCCAACCUCGCCACCUCGUUGGUGACGACGGAGCUGAAUUCGCACCUUCUCAAGCAGCAGCAGUCGUCGCCUCACGCCCCGCAGCAGCCCCCGCUCUACCAGGAAGACCCCAACGGCGAUUACCUCGAGCCGAUAUCCGCCCCCGCGCCAUCAGGCCCGCAGGACCACGCGUCGGGCGCCGACGGCUGCGCCGCCUUCUCCGACCCGCUGUCGCACUUCAGCGAGAUUUUCGGCGCCGCGCUCAAGGGCGAGCAGCGGCUGGACCAGAUCCUGAUGGACGAGGCGCUGUCCCCGUUCGGCGCCGACCCGCUGCUGUCGUCCGGCUCGCCCCGGGCCACGUCUAAGGGCAGCAGCCGCCGCAGCAGCUUCAGCUCAGGGGAGGGCGACGACCUCUAAUCCCCCCCCCCAUAAAAAAGAGCGACCUCCUUCCCUUUCCUGUAUGUUUCGUACAGCCCGCGGACCUCCCGACCUUUACGGCAUCUCUGCCUCGCGCAAAGAGCAGAAACAGACUCGCACGAAAGAAAAAGGGAGAAACUGAAUUUUUUUGGGGGGGGGGUCACACUGUAGGAGCUGCAAAAAAACUGCCGAGACCCCGCCCACACACUGUUUUUAUUAUUAUUUGUUUUCCAAUUCGGGCGAUUCCGACGUGCCUUAUUCAGUCCACGCCAGGGAUGGGCGACUCCAAUGCUGGAGGGGUGGUGGUGGGGUGCAGUGGGUGGGGGUGGGGGGGCACAAUUUUUCAUCAGGGCUAAUAAGGGGCCGCAUUGGACGACAGUUGCCCGUCCCUGGUCUAAGCUACGCCGUCACCGUCAUGCCUAACACUGUGCCUUUUCUCUGCGUUUUUUAAUUUUUUUUUUACAUAUAUAUUUAUACAUGCUUAAUCCGUGUACUCAUAAAAUAUAUUUACAAUACACUGUAUAAUAUCUAACAUGCAACUUUUUUUUUAUUCACAGUAGGGGUGGGGAAGACUAUAAUAAACCCCCAUUUUUUUU